AUGGCGGCCUCCACCUCGGCCUCGGCCGCCGCCUCCCCGCCGCCCAAAGUCACCAAAGCGGCGGCGGCGCCGCGGCCCCGCGACCGCGACCGCGGCGGGGACGGCGACCCCGAGCCCCCGGCCGCGCCCGAGCCGGGGUACGGAGAUUGGAAUUCGGGCUCGAGCAGAGGCUACGAGGGCUAUGGCUACGGCUACGGCUACGGCCACGAGGGCUCCGGGGGCUUCGGCUUCGGCGCCGCCGCCGCCAAUUCCUGGGAUUUGGGCGGCUCCGAGCCCGACGGGGCCCCCGAGGGCGGCGACGGCCCCGGGAAGCAGCGGCAGGAGCCGGGAGCCGGGAGCCAGGCCGAGCCCGAGGGGCCGCCGGGACGGGGCUACGGAGCGGCCCCGGAGAGGGAGCCGGGAGCCAGGCCGAGGCCCGAGGGGCCGCCGGGACGGGGCUACGGAGCGCCCACGGAGAGGUACGAUCCCUACGAAUCCUACGGCGACUCCCGCGUGAACGACCGGGAUCCGUACCGGGCAGGCUUCGACUAUCCCGGCGAUUAUCCCGGGGAUUAUCCCGGCGAUUCUCCGAUCCCAACGAUUACCCCAACGAUUAUCCCGAUUAUCCCGACUACCCCAACGAUUAUCCCGGCGACUUUCCCAACGAAUCCGAGCCCGACGCCGCCGGCGAGUUCUACGGCCGCCCGGCGCCGCCCCGCCGGGAGCAGCAAUUCCCGGGCCAAAUUCCGGGAGAACGCGGGCGCGCGGGGCCGGGCCCGGGAGCGGCCGUUCCCGGCGCGCGGGGGCUGGGCCGAGCCCCGCGGCCCCGCCCGGCGCCUCCCGUCGCUCUUCGCCCACAACAUCCUCCCCGAGCCCGGCGCCUUCCCGGCCUUCCGCGGCUUCCCCGGCGCCCUUCGCGGCCUCAAGAGGAUGAGGAGGGGCUGGAAGCUCUGGGAUGCCGAGUUCAGGCGGAAGCGGCCGCGCCGGGAGGCUCCGGGCCGGCGCCGGCAGCAGCCGGGCGAGGAGAGGGCGCCGCGCACGGACGGCUCCGACAACUCCAGCUCCGACAACGAGGAAGGCACGGAGGGAGAAUCCGGAGAAAAGGAGGAAUCCAGAGGGGAAGGGGAGGAUGAAGAGGGAAGAGAUUCUGAGAAAGGAGCCCUGGGCAAUCCAGAGGAGAAUUCCCAGAUUUCCCAGCUGAGGCAGAAGCUCCAGGCCGGGAGGAAAUCCCAGGACCGGCAGAAGAAGCGGCACCGGGACCGGAUGGUGGAGAGGAUCCAGUUCGUGUGCUCCCUGUGCAAGUUCCGGACGUUUUUCGAGGACGAGAUCCGGCAGCACCUGGAGAGCAAAUUCCACCGGGAGCAUUUCCAGUUCGUGGGCACCAAGCUGCCCCAGCAGACAGCCCAGUUCCUGCAGGAAUACGUGGCCAACAAGACGCGGAAGACGGAGGAGCGGCGCCGCGGGAUCCGGGACAUCAACGCCGUGAUCCAGCAGAUCCAGCGGGAGCAGGACCUGACCCAGGAGGUGGGCCUGGAGCACUUCCUGCGGAAGGUGGAGGCCGCUCACUGCUCCGCGUGCGAUCUCCUGAUCCCGAUGCACUUCGGAUCCAUCCAGAAACACCUGAAAUCCCUGGAUCACAACCACAACCGCCGGGCCAUGCUGGAGCAGUCCAAGCGCUCGUCGCUGGCCGUGGCCCGGAGCAUCCUCAACAACAAAGUGAUCGGCCGCAAGCUGCGCAGCUUCCUGCAGGGGGAAAAUCCCUUCACGGAUGAUCCCGAGGAAAAGGAGGAGCACGAGGAAGGGGAAGGAGCAGGGGAGGAAAAUCCCCAAAAUCCCACGGAAAAUCCCAAAAAGGUGGAAAAUCCCACGGAAAAUCCCGCAGAAAAUCCCCCAAAUCCAGAGGAAAAUCCAGAAAAUCCCACAGAAAACCCCCAAAAUCUGGAAAAUCCCACGGAAAACCCCCAAAAUCCUGAGGAAAAUCCUGAAAAUCUCAGAGAAAAUUCCAUGGAAAAUCCCAAAAAUCCCACGGAAAAUCCCGAAGAAAAUCCCACGGAAAAUCCCAAAAAUCCCGAAGAAAAUCCCACGGAAAAUCUGGAAAAUCCCACGGAAAACCCCGAAGAAAAUCCCACGGAAAACCCCCAAAAUCCCGAGGAAAAUCCUGAAAAUCCCACGGAAAAUCCCCCAAAUCCCGAGGAAAAGCCCCAAAAUCUCGAGGAAAAUCCCAGAAUUUCUGCGGAUCCCGAGGAAAAUCCCGAGGCAGUGGAAAUUCCCGAGGGAACUGGAGGCCGGGAAAGGGCAGCAGGGACAGAGGCAGGGCUGGAAAAGGAGGAGAAUUCCCAAAAUUCCCAGGAAUUCCCACAGCUGCACCCACAGGGACCUUCCGGAACCUUCCAGGAGUGAAAAUCCUGGAAUGUCCCAAAAUUCCGGAACCUUCCAGGAGUGAAAAUCCUGGAAUGUCCCAAAAUUCCGGAACGUUCCAGGAGUGAAAAUUCCGGAAUGGGAAAAAGUUCCGGAACGUUCCAGGAGUGAAAAUUCCAGAAUGUGGAAAAGUUCCGGAACGUUCCAGGAGUGAAAAGUUCUGGAAUGUGAAAAAGUUCUGGAAUAUUCUAGGAAUGGAAAAGUUCCGGAACGUUCCAGGAGUGAAAAUUCUGGAAUGGGAAAAAGUUCUGGAACGUUCCAGGAGUGAAAAGUUCCAGGGAUGAAAAGUUCCAGAAUGUUCCAGGAGUGAAAAUUCCGGAAUGUCCCAAAGUUCCGGAACGUUCCAGGAGUGAAAAUUCCAGAAUGGGAAAAAAUUCCGGAAUGUUCCAGGAGUGAAAAGUUCUGGAAUGUGAAAAAGUUCUGGAACGUUCCAGGAGUGAAAAGUUCUGGAAUGUGAAAAAGUUCUGGAAUAUUCCAGGAAUGGAAAAUUUCCGGAACCUUCCAGGAGUGAAAAUCCCGGAAUGGGAAAAAGUUCCGGAACCUUCCAGGAGUGAAAAUCCCGGAAUGGGAAAAAGUUCCAGAAUGUUCCAGGAGUGAAAAUUCCGGAAUGUCCCAAAGUUCCGGAAUGUUCCAGGAGUGAAAAGUUCUGGAAUGUGAAAAAGUUCUGGAAUAUUCUAGGAAUGGAAAAGUUCCAGAACCUUCCAGGAGUGAAAAUCCUGGAAUGUCCCAAAAUUCUGGAACGUUCCAGGAGUGAAAAUCCCGGAAUGGGAAAAAGUUCUGGAACGUUCCAGGAGUGAAAAGUUCCAGGGAUGAAAAGUUCCAGAAUGUUCCAGGAGUGAAAAUUCCGGAAUGUCCCAAAGUUCCAGAACGUUCCAGGAGUGAAAAUCCCAGAAUGGGAAAAAAUUCCGGAAUGUUCCAGGAGUGAAAAGUUCUGGAAUGUGAAAAAGUUCUGGAACGUUCCAGGAGUGGAAAUGUUCUGGAAUGUUCCAGGAGUGAAAAUUCCAGAAUGUGAAAAAGUUCUGGAAUGUCAAAAAGUUCCGGAAUGUUCCAGGAGUGAAUUCCUGGCGGGAAAAGGACCCAGAGCGUUCCCGGAUGUGUCGGAUUCGUGUCCCUGGAUGUGCCCCGGCCCCAAAUCCCAGGAAUUCCCGAAAUUCUGGGAAUUCCCAGCCCCAAAUCCCAGGAAUUCCCGAAAUUCUGGGAAUUCCCAGCCCCAAAUCCCAGGAAUUCCCAGAAUUUCCAGAAUUCCCUGCCCCAAAUCCCAGGAAUCCCAGGAAUUUUGGGAAUUCCAGUGCCCCAAAUCCCAGGAAUUCCCGGAAUUCUGGGAAUUCUCUGCCCCAACUCCCAGGAAUUUUGGGGAAUUCUGGGAAUUCCCAGCCCCAAAUACCAGAAAUUCCGGGAAUUCCCUGCUCCAAAUCCCAGGAAUUCUGGGAAUUCCUGGCCCCAAAUCCCAGGAAUUCCCGGAAUUCUCUACCCCAAAUCCAAGGAAUUCUGGGAAUUCUGCCCCAACUCCCAGGAAUUUUGGGAAUUUCCUGCUCCAAAUCCCAGGAAUUCCUGGAAUUCUGCUGCCAGGUUGCCUGGAAUUUUGUGGAGGUUUGUUUGGGUUUUUUUUUUGGGAAAUUCCCAGGAAAAAGGAAUUUCCUUGGAUUUUUGGGGCAUUUUCUUCCAUUUUUUAGAGAAUUCCUGGGGAAAAAAGGAAUUUCCAUAGAUUUUUUUGGGAAUUCCUGGGAAAAAAAGGGAAAUUCCUUGAAUUUUUUGGGAAUUCCCAGGAAAAAUUAGAAAUCCUGUUGGAUUUUUGAGGGGGGAGGGAAUUCCCAGGAAAAAAAGCAGGAAUUCCGUCCAUUUUUUUGGGAAUUCCUGGGGAAAAAAGAGAAUUCCACUGGAUUUUUUGGCAAUUCCUUGGGGAAAAAAAAGGGAAUUUCCUUGGAUUUUUUGGGGAUUCCCAGAACAAAGCAGGAAUUCCGUGCUGUGGGUCCCUUUUCCCGUUGUUUUCCCGUUGUUUUCCCAUCGUUUUUCCCGGUUUUCCCGCUGUUUUUCCCGCUGUUUUUCCCGCCCCUCUCGGAGCGUUCGGUGCCGUCGUGUCCGUUGUGAAGCGGGAGAAUUCCCGAGGUUUUUUGUGGAUUUUAAAGGACUCAUCCCGAG